UAUUUUGUUUUUGUUUUUAGUACAUAACUCAAAAUUUAUUGCACUUAAGAGAAUUAAAAUCCUAGUUAAACAAGCAACCUAACAAAAGUUAAAAGAUGGCCCUGAAAGUGGAUGAAAAAGAGGAGUGUGGCACUAGCAUGUGAUGUAAUGCGUGACCGCUAUUUUUCGAUGUACUUUUGUUUCAUUUUUUUUUUUUUUUAAUUUAAAAAACAUAAAUAAAAAAGAAAUGAAAUGCGAAUACAAAUACUAGUAGUAAUAGCCGCUAUAAAAAAGAAGAAGAAAGCAUAGUUAGCAUAAAUAACUGCGUAACAGAACGAGCGAGCGGUGACUGUGUCUGAAAGAGAGAGUAGUUUCAGUUUCAGUUUCAGUUUCAGUCGAGAGAGUGUGUAACGAUAAACAAACAAACAAAAAAACAAAAUUCCAUUUUCUCUUUCUCUUUCUCUUUCCUUUCACGUAAUUCAAAUUCAUCAUCAACCCUAAUUAUUCUCAAUUACUCAAUUCUAAUUUCAAUUUUGCUUCUAAACUUACUUACUUAACAGUAAGUAACAGAGAAUAAUCAUAAUCAAUAAAACCAUUUCCAUGGCUACAAUCUCCCGAGUCACUUCCACCUCUCCAUCUCUGCGUCACGACGCAAUUCCACCGCAUAACUUCCAUAUUCGGAAUACCUUAUCUUUCUCUUCAAAUUAUUCGUUGAAGAGAAUUAUUACUUCCGGUGGCCGUAGUGGUCGGAGAUUGAUUGUUGCUGCUAGUCCUCCAACUGAAGAUGCUGUUGUUGCUACUCAUCCUCUUACUAAACAGGAUCUCAUCGAUUAUCUUGCUUCUGGUUGUAAAACCAAAGAUAAAUGGAGAAUAGGUACUGAACAUGAAAAGUUCGGUUUUGAGCUUGGAAGCUUGCGUCCUAUGAAGUAUGAGCAAAUAUCAGAAUUGCUAAAUGGCAUUGCUGAGAGAUUUGACUGGGAAAAAGUAAUGGAAGGUGAUAACAUCAUUGGACUCAAACAAGGGAAGCAGAGCAUAUCAUUAGAGCCAGGAGGUCAGUUUGAACUUAGUGGAGCCCCUCUUGAAACUCUGCAUCAAACUUGUGCUGAAGUUAAUUCGCACCUCUAUCAAGUUAAAGCUGUUGCCGAGGAAAUGGGAAUUGGAUUUUUGGGUAUUGGUUUCCAGCCAAAGUGGGAACGCAAAGACAUACCUAUGAUGCCAAAGGGAAGAUAUGAGAUUAUGAAAAAGUACAUGCCUAAAGUUGGUUCUCUUGGGCUUGACAUGAUGUUCAGGACAUGCACUGUACAGGUCAAUCUGGACUUCAGUUCUGAAGCCGACAUGAUCAGGAAAUUUCGUGCUGGCCUAGCUUUGCAGCCUAUAGCAACAGCUCUUUUUGCAAAUUCACCCUUCACAGAUGGAAAGCCCAAUGGGUUUGUCAGUAUGAGAAGCCAUAUUUGGACCGAUACUGAUAAGGACCGCACAGGCAUGCUGCCUUUUGUGUUUGAUGACUCCUUUGGGUUUGAGCAGUACGUUGACUAUGCUCUUGAUGUUCCAAUGUAUUUCGUCUAUCGGAAAAAGAAAUAUAUCGACUGUACUGGAAUGACCUUCAGGGACUUCUUGGCAGGAAAGCUUCCUUGUAUUCCUGGUGAAUUACCGACUCUUAAUGAUUGGGAGAAUCAUUUGACCACUAUAUUUCCCGAGGUUAGGCUAAAGAGGUAUUUGGAGAUGAGAGGUGCUGAUGGAGGGCCUUGGAGAAGGUUAUGUGCUUUACCAGCAUUUUGGGUAGGGAUAUUGUAUGAUGAGGUUUCUUUGCAACGUGUUUUGGAUUUGACAGCGGAUUGGACUCUAGAAGAAAGACAAAUGCUAAGGAAUAAGGUCACUGUAACCGGUCUAAAGACACCAUUUCGAGAUGGUUUGCUGAAGCAUGUUGCUGAAGAGGUUCUAGAGUUGGCAAAGGAUGGUUUGGAAAGACGAGGCUAUAAAGAAUCAGGAUUUUUAAAUGCGGUAGCUGAGGUGGUUAGAACAGGUGUUACUCCAGCUGAGAGGCUUUUGGAAUUGUAUCAUGGAAAGUGGGAGCAGUCUGUAGAUCAUGUAUUUGAGGAAUUGCUUUACUAAGGUGUAUUCGGCUUCUUGCUUUUCUUUCACAUUUCUGUGGGAGGUUAAUUGUGUAAACCACCUUUUUUGGGUAGAAUCGUGUGUAAAACUAUGGUUAUAGUCCUGGUUGUGUCACUUGUGAGCUGCGUUUAGAUAUAGGGAAUAAUAUGUGAUGUAAUUUUUUGCUUGGAAACAUGAUCAGAUCAAGCUGAUAUUAAUUCAUGCCGGAAAUUUGAAAAUCAAAUCAGAUUAAUCAUUUUCACUUAA